AUGGUAUGUCAUACAAUCACAGGUCGGAAGAAAUCUGUCGCUGAGAAGAAGUUCACAGUUGAUGUGCCAGAUCAUGUUGCUCACGACAUGUCCCCUAUGGAUGUGGAUUCGCCGCUGGUGAUGAUUCGUAACAAGAUGACGAAGAAGCCGAUUCACGUUCAGGACAUUGAUGCCAUGAAUGAUCCACUGAAGAGCUCCGUAUAUGCUCAGGACAUCAUUGAAUAUUUACAGGCGGUGGAACGUCGAUCUAUAUUCCCGAGUAACUUCUUGCUGGAGAAGAAUAGAGAAGUGACUCCGCAUGUAAGGACUGUCCUCAUGGACUGGCUCAUCCAAGUACAGAAUCACCAGGAGUUGUCUCAGUUCACCUUGCACUUGUGUGCCAACCUGAUUGACAAGUUCUUGGCAAAGCAGAGGGUGCUUCUCAACGUUGUCCAGCUAGUCGGAAUCACCGCCCUGCUUCUUGCUGCUAAAUACUAUGAGAGGUUCCCCCCGGAUAUUGUGGACCUGUGUCGGCUGACAGAUGACACAUAUGUUCCAGACCAGGUGUUAAAGAUGGAGCGCUGUAUGUUGCGUAAACUGGACUUUGACCUGAACAUGCCUGGCCCCAUCGUAUUUGUGGAGAGGUUUCUCAUGGUCAAUGACUGCGAGAAUAAACAUCUGAUUGAGAGCAUGUCUGUAUUUCUACUUGACCUAACAUUGACCGAGCUGAGCUACGUCCAUUUCUGCCCUUCCAUGCUGGCUGCCAGCGCAAUCUAUGUUGCCCGAGGGCUUCUGGCCUGCGCAGAACUGUGGAACCCAUCCUUUGUUCACUACACCAAGUAUACUGAGAAGGAUCUCGAUGAGUGUGUGCGCAUGAUCCGCAAAUCCCUCAGCAAGCUUGGCAAAUCCAAGUUUCAGGGAGCAAGGACAAAGUUUGCCCACCACAGUUACCAUGGCAUCAGUAAGCACCACUCCGUCCUGACGGCGAUCAACCUGUGGCCAGAGGAGGAGAAUGAUGUGUUUGAAUGCGAGGGCACACUUGUGUAA